GCUGUUACACAACUGCUGGGGUCUGCUGUCGCCGCCAGCCCGGCAGCAGUCAGCCUCGCCGCCGCUGUCGCCGCCUCAGCCGUUCCGGGAGUCUCAGGCCCUCCCCGCCGCCGUUUACACGCGUCUCCGGGAGCCUCACGGAGCCCCCGUCCGCCCGAACAGGCCGGCCACGACCGUCUGCGUCUCCUCGGCGCCCCUCGCCGCCCGCCGCGCUCGCCGCCUCAGCCGUUCCGGGAGUCUCAGACCCGCCCCGCCGCCCUUUACCCGCGUCUCCGGGAGCCCCAGUCCGCCCGAACAGGCCGGCCGCGGACGUCUGCGACUCCUCGGCGCCCUUCGCCUUCCGCCGCGCUCGCCGCUCCGGCCGACAUGAGUGGGGACCAUCUCCACAACGAUUCCCAGAUCGAGGCGGAUUUCCGAUUGAAUGAUUCUCAUAAACACAAAGAUAAACAUAAAGAUCGAGAACACCGGCACAAAGAACACAAGAAGGACAAGGAGAAGGACCGAGAAAAGUCCAAGCAUAGCAACAGUGAACAUAAAGAUUCUGAAAAGAAACACAAAGAGAAGGAGAAAACCAAACACAAAGAUGGAAGUUCAGAGAAGCAUAAAGACAAACACAAAGACAGAGACAAGGAAAAACGAAAGGAGGAAAAGAUUAGAGCCUCUGGGGAUGCAAAAAUAAAAAAGGAGAAGGAAAAUGGCUUUUCUAGUCCACCAUUGAUUAAAGAUGAACCUGAAGAUGAUGGCUAUUUUGCUCCUCCUAGAGAGGAUAUAAAGCCAUUAAAGAGACCUCGAGACGAGGAUGAUGCUGAUUAUAAACCUAAGAAAAUUAAAACAGAAGAUACCAAGAAAGAGAAGAAACGAAAACUAGAGGAAGAAGAGGAUGGUAAAUUGAAAAAACCCAAGAAUAAGGAUAAAGAUAAAGAUAAAAAAGUUCCUGAGCCAGAUAGUAAGAAAAAGAAGCCGAAGAAAGAAGAGGAACAGAAGUGGAAAUGGUGGGAAGAAGAGCGCUAUCCUGAAGGCAUCAAGUGGAAAUUCCUAGAACAUAAAGGUCCUGUAUUUGCUCCACCAUAUGAACCUCUUCCAGAGAAUGUCAAGUUUUACUAUGAUGGUAAAGUCAUGAAGCUGAGCUCCAAAGCAGAAGAAGUAGCUACGUUCUUUGCAAAAAUGCUCGACCAUGAAUAUACUACUAAGGAAAUAUUUAGGAAAAAUUUCUUUAAAGACUGGAGAAAGGAAAUGACCAAUGAAGAGAAGAAUAUUAUCACCAACCUCAGCAAAUGUGAUUUUACCCAGAUGAGCCAGUAUUUCAAAGCCCAGACAGAAGCUCGGAAGCAGAUGAGCAAGGAAGAGAAACUGAAAAUCAAAGAGGAGAAUGAAAAAUUACUGAAAGAGUAUGGCUUCUGUGUUAUGGAUAACCACAAAGAGAGGAUUGCCAACUUCAAGAUAGAACCUCCUGGGCUUUUCCGUGGCCGUGGCAACCACCCCAAGAUGGGCAUGCUGAAGAGACGGAUCAUGCCUGAGGAUAUAAUCAUCAACUGUAGCAAAGAUGCCAAGGUUCCUUCUCCUCCUCCAGGUCAUAAGUGGAAAGAGGUCCGACAUGAUAACAAGGUUACUUGGCUAGUCUCCUGGACAGAGAACAUCCAAGGUUCUAUUAAAUACAUCAUGCUGAACCCUAGCUCACGAAUCAAGGGUGAGAAAGACUGGCAGAAAUAUGAGACUGCUCGGCGGCUGAAGAAGUGUGUGGACAAGAUCCGGAACCAGUACCGGGAAGACUGGAAGUCCAAAGAGAUGAAAGUCCGGCAGAGGGCUGUAGCUCUGUACUUCAUCGACAAGCUUGCUCUGCGAGCAGGCAAUGAGAAGGAGGAAGGAGAAACAGCGGACACUGUGGGUUGCUGCUCACUUCGUGUGGAGCACAUCAAUCUGCACCCAGAGUUGGAUGGUCAGGAAUACGUGGUAGAGUUUGACUUCCUGGGAAAGGACUCAAUCAGAUACUAUAACAAAGUCCCCGUUGAGAAACGAGUUUUUAAGAACUUACAACUAUUUAUGGAGAACAAACAGCCUGAGGAUGAUCUUUUUGAUAGACUAAAUACCGGUAUUCUAAAUAAACAUCUUCAGGAUCUCAUGGAGGGCUUGACGGCGAAGGUGUUCCGUACAUACAAUGCCUCCAUCACGCUACAGCAGCAGCUAAAGGAACUCACAGCUCCUGAUGAGAACAUCCCAGCAAAGAUACUAUCUUAUAACCGUGCCAACCGAGCCGUUGCAAUUCUUUGUAACCAUCAGAGGGCACCACCAAAAACUUUUGAGAAGUCCAUGAUGAACUUGCAAUCUAAGAUUGAUGCCAAGAAGGAACAGCUAGCAGAUGCCCGGAGAGACCUGAAAAGUGCUAAGGCUGAUGCCAAGGUCCUUAAGGAUGCAAAAACCAAGAAGGUGGUAGAGUCAAAGAAGAAGGCUGUGCAGAGACUGGAGGAGCAGUUGAUGAAGCUUGAAGUACAAGCCACAGACCGAGAGGAGAAUAAACAAAUUGCUUUGGGAACCUCCAAACUCAAUUAUCUGGACCCAAGGAUCUCUGUGGCUUGGUGCAAGAAGUGGGGGGUCCCAAUUGAGAAAAUUUACAACAAAACCCAGCGGGAGAAGUUUGCCUGGGCCAUCGACAUGGCUGACGAGGACUACGAGUUCUAGCCAGUCUUGAUGGGCAGGGUUCUGUGAAAAGGAACAGUGUGGUUUGGGGCAGAUGGAUAAACUGUGAGCCUCGACUGCCCUCGCACCUGAGGGAAAGAGGCAGCAAGUCUUAACAAAGCAACAUCUUUGAGAAAAGAUAAACCUGGAAAUAUUAUAAGGGAGAGCUGAGCCAGUUGUCCUAUGGACAACUUAUUUAAAAAUAUUUCAGAUAUCAAAAUUCUAGCUGUAUGAUUUGUUUUGAAUUUUGUUUUUAUUUUCAAGGGGUCAAGUGGAUGGGAAUUUGUCAGAGUUGCCAGGCAAAUUCACUGUUUCACUGAAACAUUUGGAUUCUCUUAGCUACUGUAUAUGAAGUCCGAUUAUAUUGGUGCGUUUUUACAGUUAGGGUUUUGCAAUAACUUCUAUAUUUUAAUAGAAAUGAGUUCCUAAACUCCCCUCUCCCCCAUUUCAGGAAUUUAAAAUUAAGUAGAACAAAAACCCAGCGCACCUGUUAGAGUUGUCACUAUCUAUUGUCAUGGGAAUCAGUUUUCAUUAAACUUGAAGCAGUCGUGACAUCGGCAGUGUUUUGGUUCAGACACCUGUUCACAGAAAAGCAUGAUGGGAAAAUAUUUCCUGACUUGAGUGUUCCUUUUUAAAUGUGAAUUUUUAUUUCUUUUUAAUUAUUUUAAAAUAUUUAAACCUUUUUCUUGAUCUUAAAGAUCGUGUAGAUUGGGGCUGGGGAGGGAUGAGAGGGGCUGAGCGAGUCUAAGGAUAAUGAAAUAAUCAGUGACUGAAACCAUUUUCCCAUCAUCCUUUGUUCUGAACAUUCUCUGUGCCCUUCCAGAUACCCAUCGUUUUCAUUUUAAACCCCAGUCUUUCACUUGAAAGAUUUUAUUGUAUAAAAAGUUCCACAGGUAAAAAAUUUAGAGGAAAAUGAGUAUUUGGUCCAAAAAAGGAAAAAUAAUCAAGAUUUUAGGGCUUUUAUUUUUUCUUUUGUAAUUGUGUAAAAAAUGGAAAAAAAAACACAUAAAAAGCAGAAUUUUAAUGUGAAGACAUUUUUUGCUAUAAUCAUUAGUUUUAGAGGCAUUGUUAGUUUAGCGUGUGUGCAGAGUCCAUUUCCCACAUCUUUCCUCAAGUAUCUUCUAUUUUUAUCAUGAAUUCCCUUUUAAUCAACUGUAGGUUAUUUAAAAUAAAUUCCUACAACUU